AGUCAUCAAAAAAUGUAAAGGCAUGCAGAGCUCUAACUGGGUCUAUAAAACACAGAAAGGACAAUAAAUAUUGACACACUAAAAGCAGUGGUUUGAUUUUUUUUUGUCAGAAUGAUUAAAGGUCAAAUUCAAUUAACCCCAAGAACCACCAAUAGGUUAAUAAAGACACUACUCAAAGUACAGCCGAAUAGGAUUGGAGAGUUGAGCUGAGGUUUACAUCAUUUCACCAAAACACAACAGAUCAUGUAGUAUAUUCCACUACAUGCCACCCUUAUUCCCCUCGUUACCUCCUUCCACUUUCUCUCUUAGUUGAAGUGUAAAAAUGUGGAGCUGAGCAGUGUGAGAGCUAAUAAGGUCCAGUGGGAAACCACAAAAAUUAAUGAAGUCUACUAAAAAGUCAUAUGAACUUCUCAAACUGGUCUAAUCAUCUGUACUAAAUUUUUUUUUUUUUUUUUUUUUUUUUUUGGCAUCUUUCGGUAACACUUUAGUAAAGGGAACAUGUAUUCACUAUUAACUAUGACUUUUCCCUCAAUAAACUCCUAAUUUACUGCUUAUUAAUAGUUAGUAAGGUAGUUGUUAAGUUUAGGUAUUGGGUAGGAUUAAGAAUGUAGAAUAAGGUCAUGCAGAAUAAGGCAUUAAUAUGUGCUUAUUAUCUACUAAUAAGCAGCUAAUAUUCUAGUAAUAUGCAUGCUAAUAAGCAACUAGUUAGAAGACCCUAAAAUAAAGUGUUACCGUCUGCUUUAAUGUUGUUCCUACUUUUGUUGGUCCUAUACUACAUUAAAAACACAAAAUUAUGUAAAUCACUCUUGCAGAGUAGCAUUACAUUUUCAACCAUAUUCUGUUCUCAAAUUCAAAUAGGGACAAGUAUCAUGAAUUCAUUUUAUCACUAAAACAACAUCAGAACAAGGUACUGGAUGUAUUUUUUAGCUCCGCAACUAGGAUCUAAUAAGCCAGAGAAACAUACACUUAAGAAAAUGUCAGUCGAAGUUUUAAGUUGCAUGUCUCUUGAAAGAUGAAGUGAGUGUAUAUGCGCAGUGAUCAAACAUGGGCUGCUGUAGAGCUAUACGGUGAGUACCAGAAUAAGCGUACCAUAGCGCUCAUUUCUGAGGCAGCAGCUUUGGGCUCCGUGUGAUUGAUGUUGAGGUCCAUAGAGCAGAUCAUCUCCCUCAGCCCUCACAUUUACAUACCGCGUAACCAGGCAUACAGCUAUAAAGCUCAGAUCUAUUUUUAAAACACACUCAAGCAGAGGGAAGAAGAUUUUUUAUUUAUGAUUAAGAAUAAGUUAUUCAAUAAGUCAAUAGCUCUGGCUAGCGCUGGUCUCAGACACUUAUUAAUUAAUUGGUUUAUAAUUGUAACAAGUUGUGAAUUUUUUUGCAUUUUUGGCACCACUGAAACUGUGUUUGGUUUAGCAAUUAUUUAUUUCCCUUCUUUAAAUCUGGACCUUAAUAUACUAUUUUACUGAAUUUUCCAGACAGACUUCAUGAAGUGUUUCUCUUAGUCUCUUCCUUACAUGGACAUACUCUUCAUGUACAUUUAAUUCUCUGCAUUCUUUGCCCUGAAGUAGUCCAAAUUGUUUAGUUGAUGGUCCCCACCCGCUCUGCGUGAGAAUAAUUCAAAUGAAAAUGAUCAAAAUAUUUACCCGCUUUAUAGCAGGUUAACUAUCCAAGCCGGCCUGAAUAGUGGGUGUGAGGUGUGUCAUUAAAUUAACAUUUAAACUCAGGCCAUUUAAUUAUCUAUUUCGUAAUGUUACCUUAAAACAAUCCUCCAAAAUAAUAGGCUACUUCAAUAACAAAUAUGCUGAUAUUAGAUUGGGAAAGAUGUAUGUCCUCACAGGAUUUUCUUUUAAAACAUUUUAGCUCUGCUUUUUCCGAUUUAGCACUCAGAUUAUAUGACUGCGACAAGAAAACCAAUCUGAUAAAAGGGUGUUUACAUUUUGUACACUGACUCAGUGUUGCUAUACGUUGAUAUGGAAAUUAGUAUACUUUAAUUGUUAAUGGCGACUAUCAACAUACAUAAUUAUCAUUUGAAAGGUUUUAUAAAACAAAAGCUGGAUUUGAAUCGAGAAACUAAAACUGUUUGACUAAGUAUUACUCAUGUGCAAGGUUUAGCACCGUUUUGCAUGCCCAAUGAAUCACUUUCAGAAACCAGCCUAUGGAUUUUUUCUCCGCCGUAUAUAGAAGGAAAGUUUCUGAUAGCUGAAACCCACCGCAAUUACAUCCGAUGACCAAUCAAAAACAAGACGCAAAGGAAAACAAAACCUGUGAUUGGUCUAAAACGCUACUGGUUUCAAGGCGCCCCGCAUCGAGGGGCAGUGAUUCUGAAUGAGGGGUGUGUAGAAACCGACGGCACAUUAUUGUAUGUGCGCUUCACUUGCGCUCAAACCUUCCAGUCAGUGAGAAGCGCGUCUACUCAGCGCACACGAAAGCGCACUCUGCUCAAGAUACCCGACUGAAGUUUUCCAGCACCGAUACGACUCCCUGAAAGGCAGUUCUAAAGUCACUGGAUACACAGGCUUAUACGCGGGAUUUGGAGAGCCAGACGGAAAACUUGAAAUAACAUUCGGAAGAUUCUCUCACAAACACUGAAGAAAAAAACUAUGCGCUCGUUGUGGAUUUAGUUUGGAUGUAUUUUCGGACUCUUGUCAGGGUUUUCUUCACAAAUCCACUCAUUUGCUUAACAUGAUUGCUUUCGCACCACGGGUGUCGUGACAAAAGCUCGAACAAGGAGUUUCUGGUCGCAUACGAACUGGCCACACAGAAACUUUUUCUCGGAGCAGCCGCUGUAAACUCGCAGCUUUAUUUCUUUCGGACCGAAUCACCUAAAUUUCCUCAAAAUGCAACACUGUUGCGAGAUUACUCGAUAUUUUCUUCUUUUUUUCACCCUGGCACUGCAGCCGUCCAGCGGUCAGUAUCAUGGAGAGAAGGGCAUCUCCAUUCCCGAGCACGGCUUCUGCCAGCCCAUAUCGAUACCUCUCUGUACGGACAUCGCCUACAAUCAGACCAUUAUGCCUAACCUUUUGGGUCACACCAACCAGGAGGACGCCGGGCUGGAAGUGCACCAGUUCUACCCCCUAGUGAAAGUGCAGUGCUCCAUGGACCUGAAGUUCUUCCUCUGCUCCAUGUACGCGCCGGUCUGCACUGUGCUCGAGCAAGCCAUUCCGCCGUGUCGCUCCCUGUGCGAGCGCGCGAGACAAGGCUGCGAGGCCCUCAUGAACAAGUUCGGUUUCCAGUGGCCCGAGCGACUGCGCUGCGAGAAUUUCCCGGUCCACGGCGCGGGGGAGAUCUGCGUGGGCCAGAACACCUCGGACGCGGGAAGCCCGACCUCAAACCCGACGCCCUACGUCCCAGAACUGAUCACAUUACAGCCGAGCGUGGUCAGACCCAACCAGCAAUUCACAUGUCCACUGCAGCUCAAAGUGCCCACUUAUCUGAAGUACCACUUCAUGGGCGAAAAGGACUGCGGGGCGCCAUGUGAGCCCACUAGACCCAACGGAUUGAUGUAUUUUAGAGAGGAAGAGGUCAAAUUUGGCCGGCUCUGGGUGGGCAUUUGGUCCAUUUUGUGCUGUGUCAGUACACUGUUCACAGUUCUCACCUACUUAGUGGACAUGAGGAGGUUUCGUUACCCGGAGAGGCCCAUCAUCUUCCUCUCCGGGUGUUACUUCAUGGUGGCUGUUGCUUACGCAGCUGGCUUUUUCCUUGAAGACAAAGUUGUUUGCAUUGACAAAUUCAACGACGAUGGUUAUAAGACCGUCGCGCAAGGCACCAAAAAAGAGGGCUGCACUAUCCUCUUCAUGAUCCUCUAUUUCUUCGGGAUGGCAAGUUCAAUCUGGUGGGUCAUUCUGUCCCUCACAUGGUUCCUCUCUGCGGGAAUGAAGUGGGGUCAUGAAGCCAUCGAGGCCAACUCUCAGUAUUUCCACCUCGCUGCUUGGGCUGUUCCAGCAGUUAAGACCAUCACCAUUCUCGCCAUGGGCCAAGUGGAUGGCGACCUUCUCACCGGUGUGUGCUACGUUGGCAUCUACAACGUGGACUCGCUGCGUGGCUUUGUCCUCGCGCCCCUUUUCGUAUACCUCUUCAUCGGCACCUCGUUUCUCCUGGCAGGCUUCGUGUCGCUUUUCCGCAUCAGAACCAUCAUGAAGCACGACGGCACCAAGACGGAGAAGCUGGAGAAGCUGAUGGUGCGCAUCGGCGUGUUUAGUGUGCUCUACACGGUUCCCGCUACCAUCGUGAUCGCGUGCUACUUCUACGAGCAGGCUUUCCGAGAGCAAUGGGAGAAGACCUGGCACAUGCAAACGUGUAAGCGAUUCGCCGUCCCUUGCCCGGUCAAUAACUUCGCCCCUAUGUCUCCAGACUUCACCGUAUUCAUGAUAAAGUACCUGAUGACCAUGAUAGUAGGAAUCACCUCUGGAUUUUGGAUAUGGUCUGGGAAAACUCUGCAGUCGUGGCGCAGGUUUUAUAAAAGGCUCAGCAAUAGUAACCAAGGCGAGACGACGGUAUGAAAAAGAAGCGAGUCUUCAUAAUAGUUUUGGUCAGGCUACAGGCCAUGUAACUUUUCUCUGAGGUAAAUGUCUCGAGCGGAGACAUGCGAACUGUUACGCGAAACGAGACUUGUUGAGUGAGUUUUGUGGACACUACUGUGUGCCUAAACGUUUCCACGGUGGAAACGGACCAUCAUGAACAGUGUUAUCAGCCUGAGUCUGUUUAACCGUUGUUUUUUCUCAUAUAUCUGUAUGUGAAAAAGACAUUUGACUGUAUUUCUGUGUAUCAUUUGCAGAUGUGAGAUCUCUGUAGACAGUACUGAAUGCUUUGCGCAACGCUCACGGUUCUGUACCUGAAAUUUUGGACGUAAUUUGCCUUAUACACAUGUACCAUCCCUUGUUUAAACUGGGGACUUGUAUGACUUUCGCAGCCCUCCGUCGACAAUCAUGCAUACUAGGCACACAUGGACCGUCAAGUACGCAUUAGGAUUGGGAUACUUAUAUGCAUGUGUACAGCUGUGAAUUUAUGCAAGCUCCCUUUAAAUGAUGUAACGUGUAAAUAAUCACCUUUUCUCAAAGAAUAUAUGUAUUUAUGAAAAUAAUCUUGCUGUUUUUUACUUGGUUUUUAAAAUUUGGUAAGAGACCUUUGUAUCUGUACAGUUUCGCUGAAUAAAAUGAUUAGAUUUUUAA